AUGAAUACGUAUAUCUGUUUAGUUUUUGUGUUUGUUGAAAUUGUGGCUGAAGCACAUAAACCGAGAAUAAGAUGGAGGCAUAUGCCCAUGAACGGUGGUUUCACAAAUGGAUUGGAACAGAAACGCAAAGGGAUUGAAGAGCGCCUUCACAGGGCGGAAGACAAGUUUAAGAAAAUCUCACAGGCAGGUGAAGUGAAUUUUGAACGGCUGAAGAUUUACAGUAAAUAUGCAAAGAUUAAUACGGAGAUCGUGUACAAGAUGACAAAUAAAUGCGACAAAGGAAGGAAUCACCUUCGCUGUCUAGAGUCUGGCGAAUGCAUACAUGAAAUGCUGGUUUGCGAUGGUCACGUCGAUUGCGCAGAUGGAAGCGAUGAAUGGGGCGAUGUUUGUGAUGACUCACUGUUUGCCCCAGGCUUGGUAUACAAGGGAUACUUAGCAAGUGGUCAGACAUGCUUUAUUGAUGCAAGGAGAAUGUAUAUUGAAUUUCAAUAUAACAAGGUUGUGAGACUCCCUCAUCUCCCACAGGCGGUCUUCACCUCGGGAACGCUUGGAUGGCGAUACAAAUGGAUAAAUGGAAGUGGGGUUGAGCAUGCUUGGACGGUUGAUGAUGAACCAGUUAUAUUCAAGACAUACAUACCGUACUUCAUCAAGGACAUGCCAAUACGAUCUUACACCUAUUUGGGCGACAAUCCGACAUCAUGUGGACGGCUUUUGUGGGUGAUACCAGAUGAGUUUGAUGAAACCGUCGAUGCAGUGUAUAGCAACGAAUAA